CCACUCUGGCUCAGGCUGCUGCGCUCGGGGCCACCGCCGCUGUCCUCUGGGCCGAUGGCCAAGUCCAAGAACCACACGGGCCACAACCAGGUCUACAAGAACCACCGGAAUGGCAUCAAGAAGACGCGGCGCCCGAGGAAGAUGUCGAUGCAGGGCAUGAACUGCAAGUUCGUCCGCAACCAGGCCUACGCCAAGCGCGGCAUGAAGUGCACCGCGGAGGAGAAGGAGGAGCGCCUGGCCGCCCAGAAGGAGGCGCAGAAGAAGAUCGAGGAGAAGAAGUCCGCGGCCCGGGACCAGCGCCUCAAGGAGCUGCAGGAGGAGAAGGAGGCGGCCAUGCUGAAGGCCUCCAAGUCCAAGAAGUGA